AUGCGUAGUCACUGCAUCCCAGCCACAUCAGCGCCUCUCUCCUCCAGACCACGUGACCACUGCGCAGUCAAACAGGCGUCUACGAUACGUUUGCAUCGUCAUGCGCUUGUGGGGCUGCUUCCUGGCGAUAGCGGCCUUCGCCUUGGUCACUCUCAUCUCCGAGUCAAUCUGGUCGGCCGAUUUGAGCAAACAACAUCUACGCUGGAGGAGCGAUGGUGGCUACGAGUUGGAGAACGAUCUUUUCGCCAACAGGGACGGACUCGCGAGGCAACAAUCGCGGCGAACGCGGCUCAUCAUUCUUGA